AUGAAAAGCUUAGCAGUCCUAACUCUGUUUUUUUCGUUGUCUGUGGCUUGCUCCAAUUUGCCAAAGUAUUCAGCUUGUGAAACUAUGGAAAAUUCCCAUUGCAGUUGCGCACCGGGAUUAGCCUGCAAAGUAACUCGGGAAAUUGACAUGGGAGAACAAACAGCUGAGGUAAAGCAAUGCAUGCCGGUCAAUGAGCCGAUCGUCGUCGAAAAACUAACAGAAUAUGACGUUAAUGAAACUUUGGAUCCUGGCAGUGCAGCAUUGGACCCGGCAGCAAGAUUUUAUCCUGGAAAGAAAUGCACCACGGCAGCCGACUGUUUUUGGCCAAACACCUGCUGUCUGUUUAGCAAACGAUGUAGCCUGAAGUUGCUGAAAUAUUUUACUUGUUACCUCAGGAGCGUACAUAAGUGCGGUUGUCAGGAACAUUUGGUUUGCAAAACCACGACCCAUGUGACACUUCCAAUCGUCAAGAUUCCCUUUCCAAUAAGGCAGUGCGUGCCGGAAGACGAAGCAUAA